ACGAAAACCAAAUUAAAACUCAAUUACAACUCUAAUAAAUAAUAUUUAUAGCAUUUGUUUGUUCUGUGAGAGACAAAAAGUUAAUCAUUCAUAUAUAACUAGCAAGAGAGCCUCUUAUUCUCUUCCAAUCUAAACACCUCUUCUAUUUCUCAAUUUCACAAAAAAGAAAAGAGAGAUGGGUUUGCAAAACCAGCUAAACGACGUGUCGUCUGGUUCAAUUCCACUGCUGCUGAUUGCGCACAUAGCCACCUGCGUCAACUACCUCCGUUCCAUGCUCUUCGCUCUUCUCCAAACCCUAGGUCUCUCUAGGCUACACACACACCAGAUCGUCGACGACGGAUUCUUCGCCACCGUCGGAUCCGGCCUCGCCGGACUCAUCAUGCUCUCCGAUCAGCUCGCCGUUAACAACCGAUUCUUCUACACCUACACCGUCGUCGACCACGCCGACUCCGACGCCUGCGUCGUCUGCCAGACCAACUUCAAGGAAGGGGAACAGGUACGGAUGCUUCCCUGCCGCCACGUCUUCCACCGCCACUGCUUCGACGGCUGGCUCCAUCACUUCAAGUUCAACUGCCCUCUCUGCCGCUACCCGCUACUCUCCGACGAGCGCGUGGCCCUCACGGAACGCCGCGUCGGUCGUGAACUCGUCUCGUGGUUCUCCCUUCGGUGAUGAUGCGGCGUCGUUUUGCUCAUCCAAUCUUCCCUUAUCCCAAUUUUACCCCUCUCUUUUAUCCUUUUUACCUUCUUCGCGGUGGUUUUCACUUUUCGCAGAGUUGGUGUCCUUUUUUGUUUCCUCUUCUCGGAUAUUAGGUUUUUAAAAAAAUUUAUUUUAAUUAGGGUAGUUUUUUUUCUCUUUCUUUUGUUAUUAUUUAUGAAGGGAUUUUUUUUUGAAAGGGCUCUCUGGGGUGGUGUGUGCCUGAGAAUCCUUUUUGGGGCGCUGUAAAUUUUGGACUCCUCUGUAUUUAUGGGUAAUAAUUGGAGACCUUGGGGAAGAUUUUAUGCAAUAUCCUCCAUAACAGAAUAUAUAUUAGCCUUUCCUUUUC